CCGGCCUUGCCGCCGCGGCUUCUCCUCGCCUCCACUAAUCCUUCCCUGGAGCUCGAACGCCCGACGGUUCAUCUCCUCCCUCUUUCCUGGCUGCUUUGUCUCCCCACCUCCUUCCUCCGUCGCCGGCGUCGCCAGCGCCGGGCGCCAUGGGUUGCGGUGGCUCCAAAGAGGACGUGGCCACCGGCAACACCACGGUCAACGGCGCCGGCCGCGGCGGCAAGCUCUUCCGGAGGAAGUCCACCAUGUCCGCCAGCCACCGCUCCUCCCACGCGUCCUCCCCCUCCUCGUCCGGCAACAACUCCGUCGCCGUCAAGGACGUUGUCAAGGAGCCCAAGGCCGUCGUCGUCGAGGUGGCUUCGGACGGAAAGGCCGUCGCCGUCGUCGAGGACACGGAAGAGGAGGUGGUGGUGGCCAAGAAGGAUGUCCCCGGCGACGAAGUUUCUGCCACGGUGGACGAGGCGCCGCAACCUCCUCUGAAGGAGGAGGACGAGCUGCCGAAAUCCACCAUGGCCGAUGAGGCGCCGGUGGUGGAGGAAGCUAAGGUUGAGGCGAAGGAAGCGGCAUUAGUACUCAUCAAGGAGGAGACCAAACCCGAGGAGACCAAGGAGGAAGAGAUGUCUCCUGCUUCCACAAAUGAGCGUGGAGAAUCAGCCAGGCAGAGCACCAUAGAACACAUGGAGGCCAACCCCGUUGACGAGCAUAAGGUAAAGGAUGAUACGCCCCCCGUGCCAAAGCCGUCGUCCUCGGUGAAUAGCGCAUCUGCUACUGUUGUCCCUAACCAAAUCGAUGGCGAACUAACCGAGUGAAGGCGAGAGGCACGAACGUUGCAAGCAGGCAUGCGGGACACGUGAAGAAAGACAUGUAUGUAGCCAUGAUGAUGUUGGUGGAUGUGCAUUUCUUUUUCAUAUAUACAUGCCAUGCUCGUCCGCAUCCAUUUGAGAAUGGUUGUUUGUCGAUCAGAACCAGUCAAUCUAUGCACUGAAUGCAUCACAUGAUUUUAA